GGGUAAGGCACUAGCAAAGCGCCUCGGGCACCAUUUUGGCUCGAAGCUCAGCUCCGCUGGAAGAGUUACACAGUGAAAACUUUAGCAAACUACCAACACUCAACGCCUGCAGCGAAAAAUCCAGCCCGCGCGGCUCAGCAGACGCGCUACAGACGCAAAACCAAAACAGCCCCCCGUCGGCGCGACUGGACGCGGCGCCGCGGAACACGCGCGUGAGCACGCCGUCGACGCUAGGAAAAAAAAAUGAACGACCCCGCCAAACUCUUAUUAGGAGAAAGCCCGCCCGCGCCGACGCCCGCGCGGCUAUUAACGAGGCAGCCGGGCGCCCUCGGAUCGUGGGGCCACUUGUUACCAUUAUCAGAAAGGCAGCUCGCGUCGGCCACAUUGAGAUGUUUGAGGAAUGCGAUGCCCCAUUCCGUGAUUAUUCGAGUGUUGCAGCAUGCGAUUAUUGAUGAAGAGCCCCUCGAGACGACUCUAGCACUUGUAGAUCGAGCUAUUCGCAACGAGGUACCCGUCCAGGAGAAGGGCCCUCCCACUGGAGCUAGACCAUGUCAAAGCAGGUGGUGGAACCAGUACCGGCGGGCCGUCGUCGACUCGCUGCACGGUCUCGCGGAGCGGUGCGAAUUGCAGUUAGUCGUAGCUCAUCACGUCUGAUUGCGGCGUCCCGUGGCCUUUCUGAGAUCAUACGCCAUCGACGCGACUCGCCUCCGUCAGACGAGGCCGUGAGUGGUCUCAUGAUUUUGAGCGCAUUUCGGGCGAGAUCGCGACUCGAUACAUAUCACACACAGGCGGCGAAGCUCGUGGACCUGAUCUGGCUGCUGCCGCACGCUUCUUCAGACGAAAAGGCCUGGACGGCCAAAACCCUAAGAAGUAGAGCGGCCUAUCUGUGUGUUGGAGCUCUCAGAGUGGCGGCGGACGCUCACAACGUACAAGAGCCCUCUUCAGCACUACUAGAGAAGGCCGUGCCGGACUUAUUUGCGCAGCAGUGCCGCCAGAGUGAUGCGAGGGAGUGUGAAUUAUACGUCAGGCAACAUAUAGGGUGGAGAAUACUAGCCCCAACACCCUUACAUUUCUUACGGAUAUACGUCAGUAAAAGACCCCUGUAUCCCGAAAGUACAGACGUGCUGGCGGACCACCACCGGAACCAGCCGGUCAAUGAUGAGGUACGAGUGGAACGAUUGUUUUUGUAUGUGCAAAAAUGGUGUUGCUUCUUUUGUAGCAUGUGUUUGCAACAUAGAGAGUUCUCUGGGGAUAAAGUACCUUCCGCCAAAUUGGCUGCUGCGGUGUUGUUAGUUGCUCGUCGCAAUCUCAAGCUGACGCCGGCUUGGCGUCCGGAGCUCGAGGCCAUGACGUCUUUUACACUAGCAGAAGUCGCGCCGGUCGCCGAUCGGAUAUUUGAGGUCUACGAGGAUGAAUUCCGGGAGUUCCAGCGCGAGCACGAAGCUCGAGCGCAGGCGGGCGCCCAGGCCCAGGCGGAUGAUGAGGAGGACGAUGGCAUAGAUAUAGCGGCAGUCUCGGCUGCCGCUGAUGCCGCGAUCGCGGCGGAGACAGAUGAUGCCGCGGUGGCUGCCAUCCGGAGCGCCUUCGACGACGUCGACGAGCAACGAGCUGCCGCGCGUGUGGCGAUCGACGAUCUCGCCAGCCGCGGCAACCUCGGCGCCGGCAUGGAACAUACGAUAGGGAGUAUUGCGCUCAUCGACCGCCUCGCGGCCGAAUUUGGCGUCGAGGACGUGCCAGACUUGCGGGCCGAGGAGGAAAGGCUUAUGGCCGAAGCCCGGCGGUUCGGGGAGAUCGUGAGGGCAGAUCCGGCCAUGCUGGCCCGGUUCCGGGCCGCCCGGGCCGUCCACGCUCCGACAGACGACGACGCCGUGGCCAUCAUUCGAAGCGUGACCACUGGAGAGGACGCCGUGGAGGAGCACCAGGCGGCGGCCCGCGCGGCGAUCGAAUUGAUCAGGGCGCGCGGCGUCAACGGCAUCCCGCUCCACGCGGACAACGCGCGCAUCGACCGGCUCGUGGCCGAGUUCGGCGUCGAGCGCCCCCAGAUCUAAUCAUGUUACUACUUAUCCACCG